CAGGGGCGGGGUCUCGGUUGCGGCUCCGGUGGCCCCCGCACCUUUAGGGAGCUUCCGCCGCUCCUGGCUGUGCGGGGCCCACCCCGGACCUGAAGAAGAGUGAAAGCUCGAAAGCUUGUACCUUGCACCAGCAGAAGUUGGUUCAAUAAAAGGUCCCAGCUUCUCUUUCAUGCUGUGAACCAAGGAGCAGAGAGAGACGACCACAGAACCUACACAACCAAGUACUUGAAUUCAGGAACUGUGUCUGUAGAUAGGCGGAGUGGCCUCCCUCUGACGCUGACCAGGAACCACUCCCUGCCCUGUGGUGGACGGAGCCAGGCCAGGCCCACCCUUUGUGCCAGAAGCAGAGGGGUGGAACAGGAAGUAUAAGAUGUGGGGCCUCCAGCUCAGUUGAGGGAGAGCCAUGGAAGGAGUUGGAUGCCUCUGCCUUACUGCUGACCCUUGAGCCAGAGACUGAGCUGUACCAAUCCCUGCCCCUGGAGGAAUACCCCAAGGAGCGGCUGAGUACCCUGAGGAACCUGAGGGCCCGUGAGCGACAAAGCCCUUUGAACAGAUGGAUAUAAUUAAAUAUACAGAUAGAAGUAUGGGAUUGGACGACAGCAUUACUUUAUACUGUUGGUAGAACCCUUUGAAGAAAAGAAAUAUUCAGUAUAAAUAGAUAAAGAGUAAGAGAGAAGUGGUGGAACUGCAACUCACUACACUAACUUAUAUGAACCAACAGUUAUUUAUGCCACUGGGAGGCUGAAAGUCCUGGAAACAUGUUGUGUAAGAAAUGACAGAGAAUUUGCAAAGCUGUUGCCUAGCAAAUUGGAAGAUGGAGAUGAAGCUAGAUCCCGCUAAGGAUGACCUACCCCUAAUGGCCAACACACGCCACAUGCUCGUAAAGCAUUAUGUAUUGGACUUAGAUGUGGAUUUUAAAAGCCAAGUUAUUGAAGGCACCGUAGUUCUCUUUUUUGAGCCUGGGAGCAGAUGCAAAAAAGGAGGCAAUGCUGGGGAAGGAGCGUGCCUUUCACAGUCAGAUGAAACAUGCAAAAUUAGGGCAUCUGAACCUUGUCACAGUCCUGUGACAAAUGUAAGUGCCCGCUCAUCUAAAACAGGAUAUAAUGAUUUUGCAGUCUGUGCUAAAGGUGAAAAAGAUACUUCUGAUAAAAAUGGUAACCAUAGCAACGGGGAACAGGCUUCUGGGAUUUCUAGUUCAAAGAACUGCUGUGACAUAGAGAAUCAUGGGAGUGAAGAUUUUUUGCUAGUAUUGGACUGCUGUGAUUUAUCUGUGUUAAAGGUCGAGGAGGUAGAUGUUGCUGCUGUGCCAGGUAUUGAAAAAUUUACAAGGUCUGCCAAGCUAACUGAUGCUGAAGAGCUGAGAAAUCUUAGGAAUCAGAUUGUACAUGAACUUGUGACUUUACCUGCGGAUCGUUGGAGGGAACAGCUAUACUAUUACACCCGCUGCAGCCAGGCGCCUGGUUGUGGAGAGCUUCUGUUUUCCACUGGCACUUGGAGCUUGAUGAUAAGGAAAGCAGAGGUUCAAGCACCAAGAGACUUUCCUCGUGCAAUAAGGAUAUGGUACAAAACAAAGCCAGAGGGAAGAUCAGUUACAUGGACCACAGACCAGAGUAGCAGGCCAUGUGUUUAUACGAUGGGGUCUCCAAUAAACAACAGGGCCCUUUUUCCAUGUCAGGAGCCACCGGUUGCCAUGUCAACAUGGCAAACCACAGUCCGAACAGCUUCUUGCUUUGUUGUCUUAAUGAGUGGUGAAAAUUCAGCAGAACCAGCACAACUUCAAGAAGGUCUCUUAAGUUGGUACUAUUAUGUGACCAUGCCCAUGCCAGCAUCCACCUUUACUAUUGCUAUUGGGUGUUGGACAGAAGUUAAACAGGAAUCCCACACAGCUGACGUCCGGACAAAUAACGAGUUUUCCUCUCUGUUUUCAAGGGCCGAUCUCAGGUUGAUUGAAGGGAGCUGUGGUCAUGUGGCGUAUCCUUGCCGUUUCCAAAAUCCUGCUGCCAGUUCUCAGCUAGUCAUUCCUCAUCGAGUCUUUGCUCCAUGGUGCCUUAAGGAUCGCUGUGCAGAGAUCCUUCUUGAGCUGAUUCCUCAGUGCCUCUCAGCUGCUCAUGCUACACUUGGUACCCACCCCUUUUCCAGGCUUGAUGUGUUGAUAGUCCCUUCCAACUUUUCCAGUCUGGGAAUGGCCAGCCCACACAUCAUCUUCCUGUCACAAAGCGUAUUAACUGGAGGGAGCCAUCUCUGUGGAACACGUCUGUGCCACGAAAUUGCUCAUGCUUGGUUUGGAUUGGCCAUUGGUGCUCGUGAUUGGACUGAAGAAUGGAUAAGUGAAGGGUUUGCUACUUACUUGGAAGACGUAUUUUGGGCAGUAGCACAACAGCUGCCACAUGACGAAGCAAGAGAGCAGCAGGAGUUGAAAGCUUUGCUGCGCUGGCGACAGCUCAGAGACGAGGUGCAGAACUCUGAAGAAGAGCUGCAGGUAUUAAGGCCUAACAAAGAGAACACAGGAGAAGUGAGUGAGUCUGGAACAUGCAUAAUCAAACACGGUCUUAAUGCAGAAAAAAUCUUCAUGCAGGUUCAUUACUUGAAGGGCUAUUUCCUUCUGCAAUCUCUAGCCAAGAGAAUUGGAGAGGCUACAUAUUUUGAAUUUUUAAGAAAGUUUGUGCAGAAGUUUCAUGGACAACUGAUCCUUUCUCAGGGAUCGGCAACCUUUGGCAGGAAGGGCGGCCAGCACAUCCCUCAGCCCGCGCCGCUUCCCGUAGCCCCCGUUGGCCUGGAGCGGUGCACCACGGCCGGUGGGAGCUGCCAUUGGCCGAACCUGUGGACGCGGCAGGAUUUUCUUUACAUGCUGCUGGAGGACAUCCCAGAACAAAAAGGGUACGGGCUAUCUGUUGAAAAUAUCAUCCGGGCCUGGCUUGACACUUCUGGAAUACCAAAGCCUUUGCUGGAAGAGUGUCAGACUUGGGACCAGUGUCGAUUAGUCCGGCAAGUGAAUGAUGAGGUCACAAAAUGGAUUCAAGUAAACCAGAGAGCCAGAAAAAGGAGCAAAAGGAAACGAAGGCAGGAUGAAGUGGCUUUCCAAAAGCUUCUCCCGGACCAGCUGGUCUUACUUCUGGAAUCUCUGUUGGAGGAGAAGACGUUAUGUCUCAGAACUCUGCAGUGCUUAGAGAAAACAUACCACCUUGAUGAGCAGGAUUCAGAGGUUCGACAUCGAUGGUGUGAGCUUGUUGUUAAACACAAAUAUACAAGAAGAUAUGCUGACAUUGAGAAAUUCCUCAAGGAAGAUCAGGCUAUGGGUGUUUACCUGUAUGGAGAAUUAAUGGUGAAUGAAGAUGCAAAACAACAGGAACUUGCCUAUAAAUGCUUUGCUGCAACACAAAAACAAAUGGAUGUGUCCUCAGCCAAAGUGGUGGCAGAGAUGUUAUUCUGAAGAGAAUGCUAGCACUCUGCGGACGUCUAGUGUGUGAAGGGAGGCCUCCCUGUUGUCAGCAUGUGGUUUGGGGAAAAAUACAGAACAGUGUGUCUCAAGUCCCAUCAUCCAUGGAUUAGCCAGGCCUGAGAUAGAAUACUGAAAUGUUGGGGUGCCUGAGGCAUCCUGCGUCAGCAGAUGAAGCACAAGGGGAAGGGUUCGUAAUGGUGUCACUGCCAUCUGUUUCAGGGACUUAGAUUCCAAGUGUCUUUAAUGUUGCCCAGGAGUCCUUCAAGGUAUGCGAGGAGAUGUCUGUGCUUGCUGCAAACAAUUUUUGGCCUUCAAAAGGUAAGGUCCUCUACGGUUGCUUGAACUUCCCUGGGAAACCCGGAAAAAUGGAGGCAGGAAGCCCUACGCAUGACUACGGACAUAGCAAUGGAUUGUGCCACCAUGUCAGCAGAAUCAAGAGAAGCCUGCAGGGCCGUACUGGCAAUGAGGGAACCUUCUGCAAUGCUGGCCUUGUAUUGCUCCUUUUUGUCUCCUGGAAGAUGUUCAAUAAAGGUUGCCAUCUGA